AGGAACAAUUAUAGUCAAUAUUUAUCAACAAGAAAUGCUACCGGAUCUACUGUCUCGUUCAAUGGUUCAACUACAACAAUGUCUCAGCCGGUUGCACCAGCAGAAUUAUUACGUGCUGUUGUUAUAAAUCGCCCAACUGCGCAAAUGAUCGAAACCUUUCGGUUCUCAAAACCAAGGGUCGAAAUGACUGAACAAGAAGUAAUCGAUUUUGUUAUGAAUCCAGUCCCACAAGGGCAAAAAGUUCUUUGUAAGAUAACUAGAAGCAAAGAGGGAUUCGGAAAACUUUACCCACAAUAUGAGCUAUACAUUGAGGAACCGAUUGAGAAUGAUGAACCUAGAAGAACAUUUCUUCUUGCAGCAAAAAAGAAGAAAAAUAGUAAAAAUUCACAUUAUGUUAUUACAACCGCGCGACUUGAUUCCGCUGUUUCAUCGAAAAAAAUCGUUGGGAAAGUCAGAUCAAAUUUUUUGGGUACAGCUUUUGUUAUGUAUUCAAACGGACGAAGUCCGUUUAAACGUGAACCAGAAUUAGCAGAUAUGCAAAUUAGAGAAGAAUUAGGAGCCGUAGUUUACGAUCCAAAUAUUCUUGGAUUUAAAGGUCCACGUAAGAUGACUGUAUUAUUAUUAGGCAUGACCAGAAAUGGAGAAAGACCAGAAUUUAGACCUACUACCGAAUCACAAACAUUGAUUGGAAAAUUUAGGAGCGGGGAUCAUCGGGAUAUUUUAAUAUUACAUAAUAAGUCACCGCAGUGGAACGAAGAGACGCAAUCAUAUGUUCUAAAUUUUAAUGGUCGAGUAACUAUGGCCUCUGUCAAGAACUUCCAAAUAGUACAUGAUAAUGAUUGUAAUGAAAUGCGACCUUUCAAUUCACAGGAAGAAUUAAGAGAAAUUGUAACUUGUGCUAUUAAUAAGUUUGUUGAUACAUAUUUUGAAAAUUCAGAAGCAUUAGAAAGAUUGAACAGAAUUUGUACACAG